GUGGCACGGUGAUGGUAGAAGAUAGGGUUAAGCAUUUACAUAAUGAGAAGAGAACGCUGGACUGAUGUAGUGCAAAUAUUUGCUGAUCAGAAAGCCGCUGUGAACAUAUAUUAGCACAAGAUUGAAUUUAUCACAGACAGAGUCAAGUCCAUUUAGCUGACAAGAGCAUUUCCAAGCAAAAAGAAACUCAAGAAGUAGAAUGGAGUGUCCAGUGGUGUUUUUACUAAUCCUGGCCACGAUAACCUCUGAAACAACUACUGCUUUUAGCCAAAAUAUAUAUGCCUCCGAGAACCCCUUGCCAGUGGGCAGCAAUGUGACACUUUUUAGCCGGAGCAGUGUCCCUGCAGGAGCAUGGAUGUUCAACAGCAAUAUCAUUGUGAUGAUAUUCCCAGGAGAUAAAAUCAUAGCUGACACUUGGAGGGACAGGGUUAUAUUCAAUUCAACCACUUCAUCAUUGACCAUAAGGUCACUACAAGUGGAAGACUCUGGAUUGUACACAUUACAGGCAUUGAAUUUAUUUCGUUCUGAGUUAACACUGUCAGUCCAAGUGCCUAUUUCAAAUGUUACUCUGAGGGCAAACGCAACCAACCUGGUGGAGUUCAAUGAUACAGCAGUUCUCAUGUGCACUGUGUCCAACGGGUCUUCCCUGUCUUAUGUUUGGCUGAAGGGCAACUCUGUGGUCACAGCCGGUGGGGGAGUACAGUUAAGCGAUGGAGGGGCCACUCUCAUUAUAGUCAGAGUGACUCGCUAUGACGAGGGGCCUUUCAGGUGCAAUGUAUCGAAUGGCAUCAGCCAAGAAAUCAGUCUCCCUGUACAUCUGAACAUCAGCUAUGGCCCGAGUAACACAACAAUGAUGAUCAUGCCCAUGAAGUACAUCUACAGAACAGGAUCUAAUAUCCUGCUGUCAUGCUCAGCGGAGUCCAGCCCUGCGGCGAUGAUCCGGUGGAUGGUUAAUGGGGUGUACCUAAAUGAUUUUUCCCCACAGCUUCAACUAGAAAUGGUUACAGAGAGCCGCUCAGGAAAUUACCAAUGCUUAUUUUACAACACAGCCACGUCCAGGUUCACCAGCGCAAGUGCAAUGAUCAGGAUUUUGGCGCCAAUAGCAGCAGUUGUGGUAAAUCAUACAGGUGGACGAGCACUACUUAAUGAGCCGUUCACUAUGUAUUGUGAAGUGAAUGGAUCUGUUGACAAUAUUCAGUGGUGGAAGAACGGUCAACUUAUUUCCGCUGACAACACAACAGUAUUUGACACAGGCAACACGACACUGACUCUCAACCCAGUCCAACAUUCAGAUAAUGGAAAUUAUCAGUGUCAGGCUUUUAAUUAUGUGAGCAACAUGACCAGCAGCCCCUACACAGUUAAAGUAAACUAUGGCCCAAUGAAACCAGUGAUCAUAGGGCCGUCCAUGGCUCUGACAGGAACAUGGGUGAUCCUCAACUGCUCAAGCGCCUCUUAUCCUCCUAGCCUCAUCAACUGGUACUUCAACAAUUCCCUGGUGGCUACAACCUCAAAGUUAGAGAUUGGACCUCUGACCUUAAAUAUGAGUGGGAAGUACUCCUGCAUGGCAUUCAACAACAUCACUGGCAAAAACAGCUCUGCUUCUGUGAUGCUGACUGUAUUAGCUCCAGUGACCAUGGUGUCAAUAAAAAUUGUUGGACCUCUGCCAAUCCAGAACCACACUUUCACUCUAACCUGUGAGACAACUGGAAGUGUGGAGUCAAUUAUCUGGAUGUAUAAUUGGUACCAACUGUAUCCUGACAACACAAGAAAUUUCUCAAAGGACAACACCAUCCUCACCUUUGAUCCUGUCGUAGCCUCUGACAAUGGGAACUAUCAAUGUGUAGCUUCAAAUCCACUCAGCAGCUCAAACAGUGAAAUCUUUAAACUGGAGGUUAUUUAUGGACCAGAGAAGCCAACUAUCAUGGGACCAAACAUGGCAAUGACAGAAGACAACAUCACACUCAGCUGCUACGCUUCAUCAAACCCUGUCAGCAUCUACAAAUGGUUCUUCAAUGAUUCUGUAGUGGCCAAUACGUCUGAGUAUGUCACACCUCCCCUUACCAGAGAUAUGAGUGGGAUGUAUACCUGCAUGGCCUACAACAACAUCACUGGCAAAAACAGCACUGCGUACACGAUGCUGACUGUUUUAGCUCCAGUGACCAUGGCAGCUAUAAAAAUUAUCGGACCUCUGCCAAUCCAGAACCACACUUUCACUCUAACCUGUGAGACAACAGGAAGUGUGGAGUCAAUUAUCUGGAUGUAUAAUUGGAACCAACUGUAUCCUGACAACACAAGAAAUUUCUCAAUGAACAACACCAUCCUCACCUUUGAUCCUGUCAUGGCCUCUGACAAUGGGAACUAUCAAUGUGUAGCUUCAAAUCCACUCAGCAGCUCCACUAGUGAAAUCUUUACACUGGAGGUUUUUUAUGGACCAGAGAAGCCAACUAUCAUGGGACCAAACAUGGCAAAGACAGGAGACAAUGUCACACUGAGCUGCUACGCUUCAUCCAACCCUGUCAGCAUCUACAAAUGGUUCUUCAAUGAUUCUGUAGUGGCCAAUACGUCUGAGUAUGUCACACCUCCCCUUACCAGAGAUAUGAGUGGGAUGUAUACCUGCAUGGCCUACAACAACAUCACUGGCAAAAACAGCACUGCGUACACGAUGCUGACUGUUUUAGCUCCAGUGACCAUGGCGUCAAUAAAAAUUGUCGGACCUCCGCCAAUCCAGAACCACACUUUCACUCUAACCUGUGAGACAACUGGAAGUGUUGACUCAAUUAUGUGGACAUAUUAUUGGUCCCCACUGUAUCCUGACAACACAAGAAAUUUCUCAAUGGACAACACCAUCCUCACCUUUGCCUAUGGCAAAGACCAGCGAGACCAUAUGUCGAACCCUCAGCUGCUACGCUCAUAUAUCCAUCACCUGGUCUACAAAUGGUUCUUCAAUGAUUCUGUAGUGGCCAAUACGUCUGAGUAUGUCACACCUCCCUUUACCAGAGAUAUGAGUGGGAUGUACACCUGCAUGGCCUACAACAACAUCACUGGCAAAAACAGCACUGCGUACACGAUGCUUACUGUUAUUGAUCCAAUAAUGGUACAUGUGAAGGCACCAAUGAAUCCUCCCAUAGAAGGUCAUUUUUAUAAUUUAACAUGCAAUGUGACUGGACCUACUGAGCAUAUUUACUGGUUGAAAAAUGAUGAGCCACUGCAUGAAAACAACAGAACUGUUUUCUACAUGAACAACAAGACAGUCACCUUCAAUCCACUAGAACAAACUGAUACUGGAAACUACCAGUGUAUGGCAGUUAAUACUGUUUGGAGCAUGACCAGCUCUCCUUUCCAUCUUCUUGUGAACUUUGGACCAGAAACACCCAUCAUUGAUGGGCCAGCUUUUGCUGAGACAGGACAUACUGCAAAGUUCAGCUGUUCUGCCAAGUCAGUGCCUCCCAGUCAGUACCUCUGGAUCUUCAAUGACUCCACAGUGGCCAAUACUUCAGAGUUUACAACUGGCCUUCUGUCUUUCAAUAUGAGUGGGGAAUACACCUGUAUGGCCUUAAAUUAUGUGACAGAAAAUUCCAGCAUAAGCAUCAAGAUGCUCACAGUCAUUGAAGCUAUAGAGUCAGUGAUGAUCAGAAAUAACACAGUUCCAAUAAACUCUGAAAACUUCACUCUCACCUGUGAAGUCAAUGGGCCCUAUGAUACGAUCUACUGGAUGAAGGACAACAUGUACCUCAACACUUCCACAGCUAAAGCAAACAUGUCCUACAAAAUUGAAAACAACACGCUGCACUUCACUCCACUGACAAUGUACAAUGAUGGGAUAUAUCAGUGUGUCGCUACCAAUCAGGCUGGUCCACAUGCAAGCCCCCAAUACGUGCUGCUGGUGAACUAUGGCCCUCUGAAGGUACAUAUCCUGGGUCCAGAUUCAGCGAAGGUUGGCUCCUCUGUGUCCCUGACAUGCUCUGCUGCCUCUCAGCCAGAUUGUGACUUCAACUGGUUCUUAAACAGUCAGUCAUCAGCUAUAAAGACUGGCUCUGUUAUCACUUUCCCUGCAACAAAAGAGAAUGAGGGCAACUAUACAUGUAAAGCGAAGAACCCUGUGACCAAUAUCACAAUGUACCAGAUAAAAGCCUUUACUGUCGAUCAUGCCUCGACCCUCCACAUCCCAUCCAACAUGAUGUUGAUGGUUUUGGUUGCUUUGUCUGUCACUGCCCUGUUCAACUGAGUUCCUCCUGCUGUGUAGUCUGACUGAAAGGCCUCCUGCUCCAUCUACAGGCAAAAGUUUUGUGGGUUUUGCUGGAAAGGCAAGGAAUAAUGUGAAAGUGUGACAGACUAGUCAAGUUAUAGUUUGUUGUUUGAUAUUUCCUUGUAAUAGACUUAUUUUCCUUAAAAUACAAUAUAGAAUAGUAACAUUUACACUGACAGUGAAGUUUUUAUUUUAAAUGUUAUCAUUAUAUUAUUAUGCAAGUAAAAGUAGCUGUGUUAGUGUUAUUGUGGUGGUGGUUGUUGUUUUUGCGCUUAUAUAAAAGAUACUUACACACUUGCAAACACAUACACUUGCACUGUUUAACAAGGGGAACCAUUAAAUCAUAAUUCUUUAAAAUACCUCUAUAUUCUUUUGGUAUAAAUUGCCAUUCUUCAUUCUGAGUACCUGCAGUUUUUUCUUUUCUGUGUGAUAACAUUGUAAGUAAAAUUAAGUAAAUGUAAGUCUUAUCUUGUUUUGAUUUAUUGUAUUGUUGUUUAUUAAUCAGUAAACAAUAAACACAAUCGAGUUUGUGGUUACUUUA